AAGAACUAAAAAGCACGAGACAUGUCAUCGUGUCCUUAGAUCUCAGCUAUACAGUCCCACUGCUCUGGCUUUCUCCCCUCUCACUCCUCACUCCCCCUUCCUCACUGGCCGCUCUCACCCACCCAGCAAGGAAGAAUGGAGUACGAGAGGAUUCAUCAGAAAGCCCAGGCUGGUGCUCUUUCUCCAACAAAGCUAAGGAUGAAGCUUCUGGGAGCCCACAAUCGAGUGAGGGUCAUCACCAACAACUCAUCGUCGCGAACAUCACCUGCAAAAAACACCGAGACAUCACAAGCGCAGAACAGGCUAUUAGUCUGUGAUGUUCUUGAAGAAGUUUCAGACAGCUCUGAUGGCUCCAAACGCCCUUCAGCAAUUAACCAAACUGAAGCUGUAGAAAAGGAUUCAGCAUUGGAUAGCAAUAAAGUCCUGAACACAUCCAAGAGUUCGGUUCCCCAACCAGCAUCAAGCAGCAACUCAAGCAUGAUACACCCAGUGAGAACUGUGGAAGAAGACAGUAAUGACUGUGAUAGUGGGCUUGACAAUGCUAGCGCCAGUAGCUUUGAGUUCCAUGGAGGUGAGAGGGCCGUGACGCAGAAUCCAGCGGUGGGAUAUUUCUCUAGACAGACUUCCUCCAAGUGGAAUGAUGCAGAGAAAUGGAUUGUGAACCGGCAGAAUGUUAAUCAGAACAUCUCCAAGGGCACAGCACAGAACCAGACUGCAAACCAGAUGAAUUCUGCUGCUUCCAGGGGUGUCAUCGUACCCAAAAAUUUUGGCCGCCCUGUGCAGAACUUGAAAAGAGUGAAUCCAGCUUAUUCUGCUUCACGAAGCAUAUUAGAGAGGUUAUCUUUUGCUUCGCAUCAGCCAAAGCUGGUUAGGCAUGCAGAUGUCUUUCCAGUUAAUAAUGCUAGUGCCACCUCAGAGUAUCACAAGGCAAAUGAUACAGGUUCAUCAAUUGCAGUGAAGCCCUGCAACGAUCCAAAAGCUAUUCCUACAGUUCAGUCAGUGUCCGUCAGAGAUGUGGGCACAGAAAUGACUCCGAUACCUAGUCAGGAACCUUCAAGGACUGGAACUCCACUUGGGUCAAUGACACCAACACGAAGCCCUAAUUGCUCGAUACCAUCAACUCCUAUAGGAGGGAGGUCAAUAGCAUCACCUGGAGAGGACAACACAGAUGAUGGUCCAUAUUUCAACAGAAAAGGUGACACAAAUGAGUUGUUAGACACUGAAAUGAGGCUUAAGACAAGGAAAGAAAUUGCUGCCCUUGGUAUACAGCUAGGAAAGAUGAACAUUGCUACAUGGGCCAGCAAAGAAGAGCUAGAACUAGUCUCGGCAGCACCGAGCAUUGCUGAUUUGGAGCAGAUGAGGAAGGAAUAUGCUGCCCGUGCUGCAUCAUAUGAGGAGGCAGAAACUUCUAAACAUACAGCAAGAUUCAAGAAGGAAGAGGUGAAGAUUGAAGUUUGGGAGAGUCGUCAAAGAGCAAAAAUUGAAUCCAAAAUGAGAAGAAUAGAGGAACAUGCAGAGAGAAUGAGAAGUGAGGCCAUGGCAAAGAUGGCUGAAAAGUUAGAGAUGACACGCCACCUGGCCGAAGAGAAACGAGCCUCGGCCAAUGCCAGGAUGAACCAGCAGGCAACAAUUGCAGUUCAGAAGGCCGAGAAGAUUCGCCGGACAGGACGAAUUCCAGGAUCAAAUAUCAUAUGCUGCUGUAGCUGCUUCUGUGAACCUUAGUAUAUGUUUAAUGACAACUAUGUUUAAUAUAGCGGUGGGAAAUCUAAACUCCACCCUAUAUAAAUCAGCAUUCCUUGAUUUUAGUAUGAAAAAGGGAGUGCCUGAUUAGGUAUUCAGAUGUAAAACACAUUCUUGGUUGCCAUGUACAUUCCAGUGUUUUAUCUUGUUGAAGUGUAAAAAGUACGCGGUUAAUUGUUGGUCAAUGACGGACA